UUAACAAAAAUCAAAAAACCUAAGCUCUUAUAAGUCAUUUCACACCCAAGAAAAAAUGGUGGAACAGCAGAUGAAACCGGUGGCCUCUUUUCUUUUAGUUCUGAACUUUUGUAUGUAUGCCAUUGUUCUUGGAAUUGGUGCAUGGUCCAUGAACAAAGCUAUCAACCAUGGCUUCCUUAUUGGUGCGGAUUAUAGUCUUCCGGCUCAUUUCUCCCCAAUACAUUUUCCAAUGGGCAAUGCGGCCACCGGAUUCUUCAUUAUGUUUGCUUUAAUUGCUGGAGUUGCUGGAGCUGCCUCGGUUAUCUCCGGCAUCAGUCAUCUCCAAUCAUGGACUUCUACUAGUCUCCCAGCAGCUGUCUCCGCCGCCACCAUUGCUUGGUCGCUGACACUUUUAGCCAUGGGAUUUGGCUGCAAGGAAAUUGAACUUGGGAUGAGAAAUGCUCGUCUGAGGACAAUGGAGGCAUUUCUAAUAAUACUUUCGGCAACACAACUUCUCUAUAUUGCUGCUAUAUACGGAAUCAAAUAUAGAAGAAACCAAAUCAGAGAGAGUGGGAGAAAGGAGCCAUUAGCGAUGAAGUUCAAGGAAAUCGCAGACGCAUUCAGGGAACUAGCGGUCAUUGUGAAUACGCCGAAUUCGGACGUGCCUGUGAAGCUGUUUUCUCACGCUUGCUCUCGCUUCUUUCUCAUAUUUACCGUCCUUAAGCCUGCCUUCAAGUUUGCCGAGAAUGACUAUGUUUCCAAGGUUAAUGAUCUUGCCAAGGCAUCACCCUCAACAUUGACGUUAGAGGCAAUGGUUGAUAGAGAUAUUGAGGCAAAACGUGUUAGGAAAGUUGGUAGUCAUACAAGAAACCUUUUGAGGGUAAAGCGUGGUCUAGAAAUGAUAAGGGUUCUAUGUGAAGAGACAUUAGCCACUGAAGCUGAUAGCCCCCUAAAGGAUGCAGCAUAUAAAGCUUACAAUCAGGUGUUUGGUCCGCACCAUGGGUGGGCUAUUCAGCUAGCUGCUUCUACAGGAUUUGGCUCUCUUCUUCUCUCAAAGGCUGAACUAUUUCGAAUGUUCAAUGAAACUGAGGAAACGGCCAAGAUACAUAUUCAAAGCUAUGUUUCUGCAUCCGCAACAGUAAUCGCAUAUCUUGAUUACCUCUUCCUCUCCAAGAAUCUUGGCAUCGAUUGGUGAAGAUCCUGAAAAUUUACAUGGCCUAGGCCAAUUUUCCAUAUUACUCUUUCUUUACUCGUCUUUUUUAUCAAUCUAUGUAAUAAGACUACAGUGGUCCG